AUGGCGGAAGCUGGCGCAUUGCUGCACUCGUGUGCCGUGUAUUUGUACCUUUUCGACGAUGCUCAAGGCUCGUACACGCAGCAAACAGACGCGGCAGUAGGCUGUGUUCUUCUUGCGGGAGAGCGGGCGGUGCAAAGCGGAUCGGAUGCCUUUUCUCUGCUUCUUUACGACACUCAAAAGACACCACUAUUGCAGCUUCCCGUGACGCCUAGCGCGCGCUUUGUGCCUCAGAAAGAUAACUACAUCAAUUUUUACGAGCGCCAGACGCAGCGAAAUUAUGCGAUGCGUUUCAAGGACGCAAUAUCGAGCGAAAGCUUCAUGUCUGCUCUGUCGUAUGCCAAAGCGCAGGUUUUCGUGCACGCAAGCAAGUCAUAUGACCGUCACAAGCCAGGAGUGCUUGUGGAUCAGCUUUGUAUAGGUAGGGAAGAUGCAGAGCCGCUUACUUUUGGAGAUGUCGCGGGUGUGACGCUCAGGAAGUGGCAGGGGACGACAAAAGAGAGGGAUCGAUUUUUUACAGCCAAUCCGCUGGAUAUCACGAAACAUCCUACAAGUGAAUCAUCUAGCGACGUACAAAGAAUAAAAUUACAGGAGGAAAUAGGCGAAAUAGAUCGUUUUUUGCGGAUUCUUGCCACCGAAGCCCUUAUCGGAAUGAAAAAGAUGGGAAAGCGACUCGUGUCUGUAACGUUUCCAGAUACGAACGAGUGGAUCAUUGCUGAAGCAGAAUUAGUUAAAGUCAAGAAGAAUAUCAAGUCUAGAACCACUACAAGUAGUGAGGAUUCGCUGAAUGAUAGACAAGUCCAAGAAGAUCGAGAGGACCUAGUCAAACGCAUGGCAAGUUUGUCUCGCAUGGGCAGUCAAACGUCGGGACUGUUGGCCAGUGUGAAGACGCAACUGGAUAAUCGUACAGCUGGUGGAUUAAAUAGUGAUCAUGACACGGGAGUGUCUCAAACAACUUCCGUUGGACACCAGGCGGGAGAUCCUUUAGCAGGCUCGGUACCUGUGCUGUUAGCAGGUCUCCAGCUACCUGGUGAACGUCCAAACUCGCUACACAAUGUUGACAAUGACACAAAUUCUCAAAAUUUCACUUUAACUUCGCAUGCAACCUCGCUAGCCGCAAAAGUGCUGGAGCCACGGAAAGUCUCUUCCAAGCUCCGCAAUGACUCUGCAGACAAUAUGAAAUUGACUUUAGUAUCAAGUGACAUGGAUCGCUUGAUGAAAGAGCAGUCAGACUUAGCUCAACUUCGUGAGCAGUUAGAAGAGAGUAAACGCAAACUGGAAUUGGAAAACACGAACUCAAGUGCUUUAUCGGCUCAAUCUCCUCGCACUGCUAGCCUUUCAUCGAGUUUGGCUGCACACAAAUUAUCGCGAGACAAACCCGUGUCAUCAUUCAUACCAUCGGCAUUUGCACUCAUGGGUUCAAGCGCUGUACCGAUCGCCUCUCAUGGAGCAACGACAAACACCUGGACGCCACCAUCUUUGAAUCUUGGAUCGUCGCUCUCACCUCUUCAACAUGCUCCUCCAUCAUUACCACCUCCGGCACUUCCUUCGGCUCCCAGUGCGCUCUCAUUAUCUCUUACCCCUUACAAUAAGCAGUUAUUCUCGUCUUCUUCUAGUAUUUCAGGUACAGGACCAUCACUGGAUCUGGAAAAUGGAAUUAUUCGCUUGCAACGGUCUUCAACAUCGAUCGAAUCAACUCUACAAGACCUUCAGUCCAAGAUGGAUCGGCUAUUGAAUUCGCAUAACUCGAUUAAAUCGGCCAAAUUUACCACGACUGCGAGCAAAUAUAAUAGCGGUGCUUUCCAAUCUUCUACAGCGUCGUCAUCAUCAAUGCUGUUGAAAAAUCUGGAGAAAGCUCUUGCUCAGCGUGACCAACUCCAAGAAGUAAAUACUCGACUUGAAGAAGCAAAUGGUGACUUUGAAUCGAAUCUUGAAGAGUUGCAAAGCCAAAACGAGUCCCUUCAAAUGGAGAACCGAACGUUGCUGGACAAGAUACAAAACGGAAACCACUUGCAGCAGGAGAAGUUUCAUCUGGAGCUACGAAGUGUGCAACAGCAGCUCAGUCAUACACAGGAACAAAUGCUGGUAUAUCAAGAAGAAAAUUUUCAACUUCGAGCCCAGCUUAGUGCAAAGGAUGAACAGCUUGUGAAGGAGAAGGCAAAGCUGCAAGAAGAGACGCAAGAGCAGUUGAAAGUGCUUCGACGGCAGGUUGAAGAUGAUGUACGCCAGAGUUCAAAAGAUUCGGUCAAUAAGCUGGCGAAUGAGAAAGCUGCACUUGAGGCGCAAGUUGCUGAAUUUACAGCGCAGCGAAAGCAGUGGGAAGUGGAGCGGGAGGUGCUGAACAAUCGGUUAAGUCAAGCGCAGAAUCAACAAGUGCAACUUCAGGAUGAAACGGUCAGAACACAAGCAGCUCAGGAUUCACGCGUGCAAGAGCUUUCAAAUCACGUCCAGCAGCUUGAAAACGAACAAAAAGUGCUAAAGCAACGAGCAGAAGGGUUUCGUUCAGAUGUACAACAUUAUCAGGAGUUGCUUGCAACAAAGGAACACGAAAUGAGUCAGUUGCAGUCAGCGAGAAACGAUAAAGAAUACGCGGCGCUGAGCGAACUUUUCAAGGAGUUUAUGAACGACAUUUAUUUCCAUUUUCAAGAUGCUUUUGAUGAAGACACGGAAUUUACUGGCAAAGAAAUUGUCAUGGCCAUUCGAAAGAUUCUUAAGCACAAUACGAUGAACAUUCUUGCGAAACUUGAGGACUUUUAUCGCCAGCAAGCGCUGCACCGUCAGUAG